CGUUCGGUGUAUUUCAGGGUUGUAUGUAGUGUUUACAUAUAUAUACGUGUUUUAGAAUAUAAAUGAACACAGGUGAAUUGUGAACAUAUACGUUGUAAAACCAGUAUUUUACCUUAUCCAAGGUCAAAGUAUUAAACGCUGCGUUUACUAAAGAGGAAAAAACGAAAGUGACAUAUAAGCAUGAUAAAUCUUAUUAAUGGAUAACAAGUGGUCGCAAAUGUUCGUUUGGUUUAAACAGGAUUCGAGAGUGCAUGUAAUAUAGUGUAUUCGUUUUGUACCAUAUAGUGGAAUACUGUCCUGGAAAACAUGUGCUAUGGUUUCCAUAAUUAACAACAAACAAAUGAAUCGCUAAUGAUGGCAAAUGGACCUGUGAUGAAUUGCUGCCAAGUUAACGGAAUGCCGCAAACUUUAGAGGAAAACAACAAUACCCUCAAACCAAUUUACUCCACCAAAUCUAGCGAGUAUGGAGGUGGACGACAGAUUCGAAAAGUUAGUGACAGUGAAUAUUAUCGUGAAGUGUCAAUGGGCAAAGCCCCGGAUACGUUUCCAUGCGGACACGUGCUUUGCCAUAAAUGCAUUCGCAAGUCGAUGACACCGACAACAAAUGGAAAACUUGAGUGUCCAAUAUGCGGGAAAGAAGCAGCUCGGAUGUUCACAGCUGACCCUGGGGAUUCUAUUGGGUUUAAUAUGAGUGAUGUAGACAAUAUUACACUGCUAUCAAAUUUUGACGAUAUUGUGAAAAAGUUUGACGGACUCAAAUAUUCAAUACGGCGUCUGCGGUGCGAAUCUGUACAAAGUCGGAGUUUGGCCAUGACCUUCACAAAUUGUGGGUGUCACAUGUGUGAUGAGAGUCACGGUACCUUACAAGUGCUGCAAGAAUUUAAUCAAUUAAGAGUGAGUCACAUACGUCCACGACUUCCGCCAUAUUACUUUUACAGAUUGUGUCAUGGUGAAGUUGUGACGUCAUUCUACAGUCUUGUGAACUCGUGUUGCAUCUGUGUUCCCUGCACGUAUAAAGAGCUACGAGAAAGCAAACAUUUUCCAAAUUUAAAAUCUCUCUCAGACGAUGAAGCUGUGAAUAAUCCAAAAUCAAUACUAACUGAAGUUGGUAAAAUCAUUGCGAAAAACACUGCACCGCUGGAGUCUCUGCACGGGAAAAACGUGAUAGAAAUUGAUCAUAUGAUCAAACUUCAGGAAAGAGCCGAUGACUUCAAAUUUGAGGAUGCAACAGUGAAAAUAAAGAAAAUGGUGAAUGAACAGGAACAGCAAUUGAUCAAACAUGCAUCUUAUGUGGUGCAAGAUAAGGGGGGAGUUAUCCACAUGAAAAGUAAAAAUUCCAUAGAACAGAAUACGAACGAAACUGUUGUAUAGUACAUUAGUAGAUGUGCUAGGAAAAGGAGGGAUAAUCCAUAUCAAAAGUGAUAAUUCCAUAAAACAAAAUACGAACACAUUUGAUUGUGGUGUACUAUUGAACAAAUUGCAUAAUUUGUCCGGAGAUCCAAACUGUCAUAAAAGCUACCAUAUUGAAUUAUAACUCCACAUGUUUGCACGUGCAGUGACUGACACACUAGGUCACUCUCUGGAAAUCAGUUAUAAUUUUAUGUCAGUUAUAGUAAUUGAGCAUCUUGGCAACCUUCAGUACUACUGAUCAAUAGUGAACGAUAUUGAAUUGCUGUACAUGCAUUUUGUUUUAUUGCAGUUUUAUAUAGAUAUCCAAUAAUUUCUGUUACAUCGCUUGCAUCGCCAUCGACUGCUUAAACGCCUGUUGAUUGAACAAGUGCUCCAGUUAGCAUUUUUAUUAGUCCCCUACUGGUUGAAAACCAGUUUCGGGGACUAUAGGAAUGCGCUUUUCCGCCCGUCCGUCCGUCCGUCCGUCUGCAAUUUCGUGUCCGGUCCAUAACACACUUCGCAGUAAAAUGUCAACAUGGCAUGAACAGGGUCUGUUUCGUGUCCGGUCCAUAACUCUGUCAUUCAUUAAGGGAUUUUAAUAUCACUUACCACAAAUGUUCUCCAUGAUCAGACGACGUAUCAUGCGCAAAUCCCGGACCCCUGGCUCAUAGGUCAAGGUCACAAUUGGAGGCCAAAGAUCAACAGGGCUUUUUUUCUGUCCGGUCCAUAACUCGGCCAUCCAUCAAGAGAUUUUAAUAUUACUUGGCCCAAAUGUACCUCAUUAUAAGACGAUGUGUCAUGCACAACUUUCAGACUCCUUGCUUAAAAUUCAAGGUCACACUUGGCAGUCAUAUGUUAACAUGGCAUGAACAGGGUCUGUGUCGUGUCCGGUCCAUAACUCUGCCAUUCAUUAAGGGAUUUUAAUAUCACUUGGCACAAAUGUUUCCCAUUAUGAGACGAUGUGUCGUGCGCAAAUCUCGGACCCUGGUUCAUAGAUCAAGGUCACAAUUGGAGGUCAAAGGUCAACAGGGCUUUUUUCCUGUCCGAUCCGUAACUCGGCUAUCCAUGAAGGGAUUUUAAUAUUACUUGGCACAAAUGUUUCCCAUGAUGAGACGACUUGUCAUGCAUAAAACCCGGACCCCUAGCUUAAAGGUCAAGGUCACAGUUGGAGGUCAAAUGUUAGUAGGGUUUUUUUUCCUGUCCGGUCUAUAACUCUGCCAUCCAUGAAGGGAUUUUAAUAUUACUUGGCACAAAUGUUUCCCAUGAUAAGACCCGGACAAAACCCGGACAAAACCCGGACCCCUAGCUCAAAGGUCAAGGUCACAAUUGGAGGUCAAAGGUCAAUAGGGUUUUUUCCCUGUCCGGUCCAGAACUCUGUCAUCCAUCAAUGGAUUUUAAUAUUAUUUGGCAUAACUGUUCCCCAUGAUGAGACGAUGUGUCAUGCGCAUUACCCAGAACCCUGACUUAAAGUCAAGGUCACACUUGGAGAUCAAAGAUCAGUGGGAUUUUUUCCUGUUCAGUCUAUAACUUUGUCAUGCAAAACAGGAUUUAAAUAUCAGUUUGCACAAGUAUUCCACUGGAUGAGACAAUGUGUUAUGCGCAAAACCCGGGCCCUUAGCUGCAAGAUCAAGGUCACACUUUAAAGUCAAAGGCCAAAAGGGCUUUUUUCCUGUCCAGUCUGUAACACAACAAUCCUUAAAGGGAUUUUAAUAUUACUUGGCACAAAUGUUCACCACCAUGAGAUGGAGUGUCAUGCCCAAGAACCAGGUCCCUAAGUCCAAGGUCAAGGUCACACUUCCGGAGCAUUCCUUCUUCAUGCAUAGAGGGAUUUUGAUGUAACUUGGCACAAAUGGUCACUACCAUGAGACACCCUUGUUUUAGAAUUACGUCCCUUUGUUGUUACUAUAAAUAAAUUAUUUUGUAACUUAUUUAUUACUGGCCAUAGGGAAAAAUCGGAACCACUUUUCUGUGGUACAACAUGCAUGUCACAUCCAAUUUUUAGGUGUUUUUUUUAAACUUUCUCUACCUGGUAAAGAGUUUCUUGUGGACUUAUAUUAUAUAGAUUUUUUUAGGAUUAAUUUCCCUUUGUUGUUACUAUAAAUAACUUAUAUGAUACCUUUUUUGAUAAUCGGCCAAAAAUGCCAUAUGAAAACAACUUUAGGUUUUUAUAUAUACAAAUUUUAAUCCAUGUUUUAUUAUAACAUAUUGUAUAUAUAGUACACUAUUGUUUAUACAUCAUUGAUAGAUAUCAGUUCAUUAUGUUAUACUGCAGUAGAGAAAAUUAGGUGCCUUCCAGUAGGGGACUUUGUAUUGCAUGGCAAUACUUCAUUCACUUGUUUCAUUUCAAUUUAAGUCGUUUUAAACAGAUUUUUUCCAGAAUUUCGAACAUUGCAAGGAAAAUAAUAUAACUCUAGUAAUUCGACGUCAUAUCAUUUUGAUACGCUAAUAUUAUGUAUUAAGCAAAUUGGUUGGUUUAUUUUCAAUUUCCAGGUUAAUGUCUGUUAUUGUAGUCAACAUGUAGAAAGUUUUGUUGCAUUACAGAAAGUUAUUUGAGCCGCAUCAUGAGAAAACAAACACAGUGGCUUUGCGACUAGCAUGGAUCCAGACCAGCCUGGGCAUCCGCGCAGUCUGGUCAGGAUCCAUGCUAUUCGCUUUAAAAGCCUAUAGCAAUUACAGAAACCGUUAGCGAACAGCAUGGAUCCUGAUCAGACUGCGCGGAUGCGCAGGCUGGUCUGGAUUCAUACUGGUCGCAAACGCACUAUGUUGGUUUUCUCAUGGCGCGGCUCAUUUCUGUUUAGUUUAUACUAAUUUGUAUUAGCUUGCUUGUGAUGAAAGCUUGCAGCUUGAAGCUUCUUGUAAGUGGAGACUUUUAAAUGUUAUCGUUCUAAAUUACACAGCAGAAAGUAAGUUUUUAGACGACAGAUAACUAACGCCACCUAUCAAAGGAACUCUUUGUCCUUAAAAAGUUACUGAGAGACGUUACACAUUGUCUUGCGCACACAGUGAAAUCAAAUUAACGUUAAAACAGACAAUGGAGACGUUUCUACUAUAAGGUUAAUGACUCGCUCUUCAAAAAGAAACGACACGUAGCUAUGCAUGACGACCCUGUAAAGCUUGACAUUUUAGAGUUAAUGUCAUGACAUCUUCUGACAGCAUCUGUUUCACACUCAAGAUGUUCAGUGUUUAUAUUUAUGCAAAUCAAGUAGGUGUUUUUAAAUUUGCUCUUAAUAUAUUAAUUCUGUCUUAUGUUUAUUUUUAAGUUGUUUCAUAUAAGAUCUGAUUUUGUGUUUAAGUAUCAAUGUGUCACUGCCAGAAAACAUAUAGUUUUAUAUAACAAUAGACUUCCAUACCAGAACAUAAUUGAGCCGUGCCAUGGGAAAACCAACAUAGUGGGUGUGCGACCAGCAUGGAUCCAGACCAGCCUGCGCAUCCGCGCGGUCUGGUCAGGCUCCAUGCUGUUCGCUUUUAAAGCCUAUUGGAAUUGGAGAAACUGUUAGCGAACAGCAUGGAUCCUGACCAGACUGCGCGGAUGCGCAGGCUGGUCUGGAUCCAUGCUGGUCGCACACCCACUAUGUUGGUUUUCCCAUGGCACGGCUCAUAUGUAUGUAAGUGAAGUUUAUUGAAAUACAAAUAGUUUCGUAAACUUGCCCCUAUUGAAAAAUUCAGUGUACUCUAAUUCCUUAUUUAGUAUAUUAAUUUGCGGUGCAAUUCAUGGCAGAUGUUGACCGGGCCACCCUUUGAGCCCAAUACACACAUACGGUUUCAUUUCAAUGUAUUUGCUAAGUUUGGAAGUUUCUUAUUUUUGUUGGUCAUUCACGAACUACAUUUUUGUAUGACCUCUUCUGUGUGUCCAUGCCAUGUGAUUUUUUAUGACUGCGAUCUCUUCGUUUUUUUACACCAAGGUCAAUUAUUCGUAACUACUCUUCUGGUCAUUCACAUGCAUUUACAUACAUAUAUACUCAUAGCAUAAAGUACACACUGGGAAGUAGGCAUUUGUAUUUGCCAAAUUACUUCAACAACACAUAAGUUUAAUGAAAAUGAAUACAAUGUUAGAAUGGUAGAAAGUCAACAAUAUUCAGCUGACAAUAUUGUUAACAAAAUGAUAUCGUUUGGAAACAAUUGGAACGUCACAAAAGAGCAAUUUCUACAAAGCAGGUACAUUUUAUUUUGUGGAACCUACGAAUAGCGAGAAGUAAGCGACGGAUACAAGAUCAAAGAAGUAGAAGUGAAUAUGACAUGAUCUUACCUGACUACAGUUCAACCAAAAACAAAAGUAGAUUCUGUUCUAUUCUAUUUUACCGACAGAGGUAUAUCGUAGAUUCCUUUUGGAGAAGGAGCGGAUGUUGGUUGAACCCUCCACUUCUAGAUAAAAAUUUAAAAUAAUGUUUUGUCUCAAACCUUUGUUUAUCUAGAAUUGUGUUCAGUUUUUUAAUAACCGGGGAACCAUAUAUCACUUAGAUGUAGAUGAUACUUAUUGUUUUGCAAUGCUUUAAAUAGACAAAUAAAAUGCUUGUGUUCUUGUUCUCGAAAUAUAGAGAUUUUAAGUGCUGUACUCUGGUGCUAAGAGUGUGUACACAUUUUUGUUAUUGACAUACAUUUAAGAUAUCAUAAAUGCAACGCCACCUAAAGCGUUGGACCAUAGAACAUGGUUUUAAGUUGUGCUUUGUUUUGUUAUUUUUUUAAAUAUUAGGUUGAAUAUUUGUUGAUUUUUGUUUUAUUUUACUAAGAAUUUACAUUAUGCUUGGCUACACUUUAUAUUUAUUUUUUGAUCUGCUAGUUACUAUUUGAAUGAUCUUCAUUUGAGGAAAAGGUUGUCUCACAGAAAUGGACUUUCAUACUGUCGGCACUGUUAAGAAGAAUUUAUGAUGUUUUUGAAAACAAAUAUACUCAGCUGAGCUUA